GAUACAUCUCAGUUGGUGCGGUCAGCAUAGCUAGUAUUAAAUAAGCUUAUGGUCAUAAUCUGCCCCAUUGGUCUGGUGAAAUGAAUCUGCUUUUGGUUGCUAUGACAUCUGAGCAUCAAGAUCUGAAGACAUGGCAAGCCACUCUGCAGCUGACUACCAGCUGCUGUUGGACAUGGAGCAGCUGGAGGAGGAGAUGGCCCGCAUGAUCGACCAUGGCGAGCUGGCCGAGACCUGCCAGCUGCAGCUCACCGAGCUAGAGAUGUUGGCUGCCAUGUUCCCGAACGCUGGCGAGCUGAAAGUGAUCGACCCUGCGGCCGUGGCCGAGAUGACUGAGUACGUGGAGGGCGGCCUGCGGGAGCCCCCGGCCCGGCUCGACUACACCAUCGCCUUCCAGACCGGACAGGGCAAGUUGGAGUUAUCGGUGCACCUGCCACUGGACUACCCCAAUGUGGAGCCGGACGUGUUCGUUAGGAGUGACGGCUUGAACCGCUCCCAGUCUCACAGCAUCAACCAGCACCUGGCGCGGCACAUACAGGGUUUGGAGCCUGGGCAGCUCUACAUUGGAUCCGUGGUCUCAUGGCUGCAGGAGAAUGGAGACAAAUACAUUCGGAACGAGCUCCAGAUCAAGGACGACUCUGUAGAGGAGGAGCACCCGGACCAAUUCACGAGGCUCUGGAUCUACUCGCACCAUAUCUACAGCAAGGUCAAGCGGCGAGACAUGCUCGAGCUGGCCAAAGAGUGCUCCGUCACCGGCUUCAGCCUGCCCGGCAAGCCAGGCAUCAUCUGCGUGGAGGGACUCGCGUCCAGCACAUCGGACUGGUGGAAGCGGGUGAAGGCGUGGAACUGGAAGCGGAUCAUGGUGAAGAAGAAAGAGGUGGUCGACGUAGAGGGCCGCGAUCCAGACACGCUGCGCCUCUUCUCCGUGUUCGAGGAGAUCAACAUGGCACCUGUCUCGCGCACUGGCAGCAGAGAGCACCGCAUGGAUAUGGGUCUGUUCUUCCAGUACCUGGAGGACCACAACUGCGCGCAGGUGUUCAAGGACUACUUUGGCGUGAGCGGCCGCGCGUCAACCUCCAGGGUUUGACCCGGCCCUACUGCUGGCCAUGCUAGCCUUUUUCGACUUGGCGACGGGCGCAGCCCAUGGGUGUAGCUUUUUAGUUUAUGCGCUUUGACCGGCUGGGCGUUUUCUGAGGCCUGGACGAAGGAAUGCGCUUUGUGAUGUGUAUCUGGUCCACGAAAGCUGCGUUUGAUGUGCCGUUGCCGCGUCUGCAAACGCCCGCUCAGUUUUUCUGUUGCGAAAGUUUCCCGUAAGUUUAAACAAACAUCAAACAUCGUAUUUUGUGGGUGAAAGUAAAUAUUUGCAAAGGCUCAAAUAAGCAGAGGUAUUAAAUUAAAGUAUCGUUAAAGCUGGCCAAAUAUUUCGCGGAUGGCUGCAUUUGUAACGAAUGAUGACGUAACCCCAUUUUUAACUCAACGCACAAAUUUUGCAUUGUGGGCACACGAGGCAUGUGUGUGCGUUACCCCACAAGGGCGUGCAGUUAGUGAAAGCCAAUCGCAGCCUCCACAACUGAAAUCAUCCUUGUAAAGUUAAUGCUUUCAAGUAUAAAGCCAGUGAUUUGACUUUACUGAUCCUUUAAGUGAACAGUUUUUGUUGAAAUCGGUACUUUGGACUACGGACUUGCAUCUCCCUACGGCAAGUUUCUUGGUCAACUGGAAGAAAAGCAGCUCCUGCCGGAUGUUUACACCACGGCUUUUUCAACGCUGCUUUCCGUUUUCCAACUGUUGUGGUAGUGGCCCCGACUACACUAUCGAUUCAACGCAGCGGUCUGCGUGCCUGAUCGACCUUGAGAGCGAUAAACGCCCCGAGGCGUUCUUACGGCUUAGCCGAAGGCUGUGUCGAUUAUGCUCGGGUUUUGCAUUCAUCGUCACGUGAUGACAUCGCCAUCCGGGCGGGUAGACUCGUGACGUUCGCGGGUUUAUUGAUCUGAAUCGGACCUUGAUCCCCCACGAGAGUGGCAUGGGUGAGUUGGGGUUCGAUACAGUCCGCUCACGGUCGCGACCGAGCACGGCCGCGUGCGGCGUAGUACCCAGUCCAGAGGACCUCGCCUCCAAGGAGCCCGUCCGGGGGUGUUGUUCAGAGAGGACCUCACACUACAGGCCCCGGUGACCAGUCCCAGAGCGCGUCGCCAGGAGUACCUUGGCUCUGUGUAACGCAGCUCGGGGUAGCUUGGGCUCAGUAAGGUAACCCAGGGUAGCUUGGGCUAUGUGACGCAACCUGGGUAGCUUGGGCUGUGCGUAGCGUAACCCUGCCCCAUGUGCUGGACUAGAGGGCACCCUACCCAUGUGUACCUCAGCCGGAGGACCGCGAAAGGAGUGCCGACACGAGGAGUGCCGACACAAGGAGUGCCGACACAAGGAGUGCCGACACGAGGAGUGUCCCGACCCGGAGUGCUGCGCGCCAGCGUACCCAACGAAGAGCGCUCCGACUGCUGCGCCCCGUCUUGGGUAUCUCAUCCGCGUACGCCACCCGGAGCCAAAGCCGAAAGCCCAGUGCCGCCGUCAGCACGGCGGGCGUCUUUUGGCAGUGUGGUGCAGCGGCCCACAGGCCGGCGCUCGGGGAGGGCUGCUAUACAAACAACAACCAUCUGGUUCCGACGUUAGGCCAAUGGGCGUUCGUUGCGAGUAGCAAUUAAUACCUCAAAGAGAGCCCCUCCCCCUCCCCCAGUCAAUCGUACCGGCCGAAUCCUGCAUCGAUGUGCGCAGGCUUGCAAUGUUAUGUGUAAUGGCGUCGGCUGCAUUCCCCAACGGAAUCAGUCAUCGGGACAUCCCCACGUGGUGUGCGUUUGCGUCGUAAUUUGCGAAGAAAUGGGCCCCGCUUGGAAAACCGACCACAAAUUUUGAUGUCUUGUACUGGUGAUCGUCGUCUAAGCGCUCACGCAUUCAUGCAAAGGUGUACGGUGUCAUUAAGAGGAACAGCAAGCUGUGUUGGGAACAGCUGCUGUGUUGGGUGGCGUAUUGGGUGCUGUAGACUCUAGCCCGCACAUUUAGAAACCCGUGUGCCUUCUCUGCUCCCGACCUCGGCAAGAGCAAGGGAAACGACGGGAGAGUGAAAGUGAUCGGACUAGUACCUGAUGCACUGUAGUGUUGGUGUGGUUUUUGCAAUCUCCAUGUACCUGAUCCACUGUGUGCGCCCAGGCCGCGGCGGCAACGCGAAAUUGUUCCUACGUUAGCAAACGGAUUUCGGAGCACAGUGCGCACCGGUUGCGGCUCAGGGAGGAAUGCUGUGCUUCGGGCCUUACGCGGAAUAUUAUUUGUUCGCCGCGGUAAUAUCUACAUUUUUCGAUGUUGCUUUCGAGUUUUAUUAGGCGUUGCCGAGAAGAUGGACUUAGUUUUUUUCCGAAUGGCUCCAAAUUUAUGGCUGUGUUCAUGUGAGUACAACCGUAAGGGAGCUGUACAAGCCGGGUGUCAGUGUUCGAAGUGGACUUGAAUUGCACUUAAGUGCGUGCUCAUUCCGGGGAGAUUCUCUGUCUUCCAUCGUGCUUUUUGCUUCUCGUUUUGGAAGGCAAA